UGGACUUUCAGCUACGGAUUUAGAGAGGGAUCUAUUCUGUAGCAAAAUUUUGGCUUAUAGAGAGGGAAUUACGAGAGAUCUGCGAUGGUUUAAACAAGUAUUUUAUUUAUUCAACAUAUAGCAUAUUAGAGAGGGUUUAGCGAGGGAUAAGUUAUGGAUCUUACAAGUCUUUAUCGACGCGCCCUUAUUCCUCGGUAAUCGGUGGAAAACGAAGGCAUUUGGCGAGGGUUCAACGAGGGAAAAAAAAUCGUCGACUUGUUGCCAUCUGGUAUGUAUUUAACGAGAGAACGCCGAGGGAGCAUACACACGCUAUGUUUUUUUAAUUGAAGAUCUCUCGCUGAAAUUGACGAAUCCAAGUCCAGUUUCACGAAGUUUGUAUGACGACACCAUGGACCAUUGCAGCUUCCGAUUCCCGCAGCCUAUUCUUCCUUAACUUCUGAUUCAGCUAGUCAUUAUGUCACCACGUAGUGAUAGAGAUUGGAUGUACAAAAGGUUAGAUCAUGGGUAUCUUAGCACAACAUAUCAUGCAUCCGUCAAAGGAUUUUUGGAUGUUGCUUUUUCUAAUGAAGCAACUGUUGAUGGGGAUUAUAUUAGAUGUCCUUGUUUUAAAUGCAAGAACAUGUAUUAUAAAACAAGAGGUAAUGUAGAGCUUCACUUGUUACAAAACGGUUUCACUCCUAAUUACACAACUUGGUGGGCACAUGGUGAAAGAAAUACGAUAUCUCAGCAUGAGGAAGAAUCUUCUAAUCCGAUGCAGGAUCCGAUGGAAGAUGAUGAUGACGAUGAUGAUGUUAAUGGGUGUACACAAAUGUUGAUGGAUGUAAUGGAGGAACUCCCGAAUCCAAAUGCCAAGGGGUUCUAUGAUAUGUUGGAAGAUGCUGAUGAACCUUUGUGGGAUGGAUGUGAAAAUUAUUCAAAAUUACAAGCUGCAACAGAGUUGUUGCAUUGGAAGUCAGAAUACAAUAUAUCUGAGGCUGCUUAUGAUCACAUACUUCCUAUAAUUAAGCGGAUGCUACCCAAAGGUGAGAAACUAGUUGAGAACUUCUAUGAGACGAAGAAGCUUUUGAAAAUAAUUAGACUCCCAGAAAAAAAGAUCCAUGCUUGCAAAAACCAUUGCAUGAUAUUCUAUGGGGCAGAUUCUGAUUUGACUAAGUGUCGAGUGUGUGAUCAUGAUCGGUACAAGAGUGGCAAACUGCCUUAUUUGGUUAUGAGGUACUUGCCGAUUGCUCCUAGACUCCAAAGGUUGUAUUUGACAAAAAAGACGGCAAAGCAAAUGACAUGGCACUAUGAACAUCAAACGCAACCGGGUUUGAUGGUCCAUCCAAGUGAUGGUGAGGCUUGGAAGCAUUUCGACUCAAUGCAUCAAGAAUUUUCAAGUGAACCACGGAAUGUUCGCCUUGGGAUAUGCACCGAUGGGUUCAGUCCAAAUAACUCAAAUACAACCCCGUAUUCAUGUUGGCCUGUUUUCCUUUCAAUUUAUAACUUGCCUCCUUGGAUGUGCUUAAAAGAACCAUAUGUUCAAUUAAGCAUAGUUAUUCCUGGAAAAAAGAGCCCAGGUCAAAAUAUAGAUUUGUUUCUCAGGCCGCUAAUUGACGAGUUAAAGAUGCUAUAUACAGAUGGUGUUGUCACUUAUGACGCUUCGACUAAAUGCAAUUUCACAAUGAAAGCUAUACUUCUUUGGACAGUUAGUGACUUUCCUGCUUAUGCAAUGUUAUCGGGUUGGAGCACACAUGGCAAGUUAGCAUGUCCGUAUUGUAUGGGUGAGUCGGGGUCGUUUCGGUUACACCAUGGUAGUAAACCAUGUUGGUUUGACUGCCAUCGAAAAUUUUUACCUGAACAACACACAUAUCGGGGUGACAAAACAGGAUUUCUGGCUAAUAAGGUUGAGCGAUCUAGCCCCCCACCAAUAUUAACCGGUGAUCAGAUUUGGGAGCAAGUACGACACUUUCCAACUGUUUAUGAAGGCAAACCUUUUAGAGCAAAGAAUGCAAAAUUGCUUGGUUUCGGGAUUACUCAUAAUUGGGUUAAGAGGAGCAUCUUUUGGGAGCUACCAUAUUAGUGGAAGUUGUUAAUACGACACAACCUUGAUCCCAUGCACAUUGAGACAAAUGUGUUUGAAAAUCUUUUCAACACCGUGAUGGACACUCCGAAAAGCAAAGACAACAUGAAUGC